AUGGAGGUCAUUGUGCGGUGUAGCAACACCCGCCACCGCGUGACGCUUCCCAUAGAAGCAACGGUAGAAGAUCUUCUUCUGCGAGUUCGCGACCUGACGGGGUUGAGUCCCUCGCGGCAGAUUCUGAAGAUUGGCUAUCCGCCGCAGCCUGUCGCGUUGGGAGAAGAAAGCGAGUCGCGGUCGCUUGCCGAUGCCGGAGUCAAGUCGAAGGACCUCAUCAUCGUCGAAGAGCGAAAGGAAGGGAUGCCGUUGCCUGCAGGACGCAGAGACCUGUCCAGUGUGCGCGCCGCGUCUCCCCCACCGAGCGAACGGAGCCACGAACCGCAGCAAAGGAGCGACGCGGCAAGCGCAGGGGGGGACCAGCGAACGCGACUGCUGAGAAACGGUGAGCCUUCCUUGCGCGAACAGCGCGACCGCGCGAAUUCGACGGCGGACGGCUGGAAUAGUGCCUUCUCCUCAGGUGUACGUACACCUGACUGCUCGGCGUCUGCCGCGUUAGUCCAAGCGCCGCGCCCGCCGGCCUCGCUUUCCGCGUCCACGGCAAGUGCGACUCCUUUGUCUCCGCCGCCUUUGUCGGCGUCGCGUCUGGCGGCGUCUGCAGAAGCCGGUGGAGGCACGCCAGGAAUCGCUCCGCCGGCACAUGAGACGCAAAACGGCGCGCGAGCAGGGGGGGACUUCGGCGAGGCGGCUAAGAGCGGCGUCGCGAGCGCGGCGUUCGUGGGGGAGGCGUUUCGGUGCGUCGUGCCGUCAGACAACAGUUGCUUGUUUACGUGCCUGAGCAUGCUGGCGGCGCGCGACAAGUCGCCGCAGGAUCUGCGGAACUUGGUGGCGGCUGCGAUUGAGAGCGACCCGGAGUCGUUCUCUGACGCGAUCCUGGAGCGCCCGCGCGCGGCGUACAUCCAGUGGAUCACGACGCGGACCAGUUGGGGCGGCUACGUGGAGCUCGCGAUCUUGGCGCAGGAGCUGCGGCACGAAGUGGUAGUGCUUGACAUCGAGACGAUGCGGAAGGACGUCUACGGCGACAGGCGAAGCGGACGGCGUGUGUACCUGCUCUACGACGGCGUCCACUACGACGCGGUGCUCGCGAAGCCCGUCGCAGGCGUCUUGGGCGCGUCCAUCCGAGACGUGCGAGAGGACGAGAGGCGCACGGGAGGCGCCUUCUUCUCGAUCGACAGCAGAGAACCGGAGAGCCUGUUCUGCUACCACGUCUUCGCUCCCGACGACGUCCAGACGGAGGCAAAGGUCGUCGCGCUAGCCGCGGAGCUGCACAAGCAGCGGAGCUUCGUGAGCAUGAAGCAGAUGUCGUUCCACUGCCUCGUCUGCGGGGCGGGCAUUCGCAGCCAAGAGGAGAUGCGGGAGCACGCGCGCGAAACAGGCCACGGGAACUUCGGCGAAGCUCGGCGCUAG